UCUGAAACACUGAUAUCCACUUGGCCCUUCCCUUCUCUCCUUACCUGCAGUUGCUGUCUAAGCCCAAGUUCAGUGGUGUGGAGAAGAUUAAAACCAUCGGCAGCACGUACAUGUCUGCUGCGGGACUGAGUGGACCUCCAGAAAAGAGCAGCCAGGACCGUGAGAGGCAGAAUGCUCAGAUAGGAAACAUGGUGGAGUUCGCCAUCGCUCUGAUCGGCAAGCUGGACGGCAUCAACAGACACUCCUUCAACACGUUCAGGCUUCGUGUCGGUAUAAAUCACGGCCCGGUGAUUGCUGGGGUGAUUGGAGCCAGGAAACCACAGUAUGAUAUCUGGGGAAACACUGUGAAUGUGGCUAGCCGGAUGGAAAGCACUGGAGAGUUGGGUAAAAUACAGGUGACCGAGGAGACGUCAGAUGUUCUGCAGAAGCUGGGUUAUUCAUGUGAGUGUCGUGGCCUGAUCAAUGUGAAGGGCAAAGGAGAGCUCAAAACCUUCUUUGUGUGCACAGAUUCCAGCAAACAGCAGGGCAUCGCUCUGAGCUGAGACUGAAGCCUCAUACACACACACAUGCACGUACACAUAGACUCUGAGCCUAUAUGCGAUCUCUUUUUUUUUUUUUUUUUUAAAUAAGAAUGUUUUAUUGCUACUGGAUUUUUUUCUUUAGAGCAUGUCUGGAAAAACUGUUUUGGCAGCAUUUGGAGAUCUGAAACUCUCAGACAUAAAGCAACACAUACAUUCACGCAUCUCAUACGAUCACAAGCUGAACCCACAGACAGCGGGUAACUGAGUUCAGUGAAGGAAAAUACUGCUCUCAGACUGGCUGUGUGCUGCUGUCAUAGUGGCCUUGAUCCUGUUUGAUUUCGACUGAUCUGGGAUGAUUGAGCUGGUCGGCCAGUUUUGGCCUCACACACGGUCUCAUUUGAGACUCAGAGGGAACACGUGACCCACACAAACCCAUUUGUCCAGUCAUUUAAAAUAGCAUGUGUCUUAUUAGAAACCAUUAUGUUAACAUUUGGACCAACAAAAUGGUGGAUGCCUAUUGUGGCUUGAAUAUACAUACUGUGGAUGUUGUUUUUUAAUUUUUGGUUUGUUUUCUUUUUAAAAAGAACUGCCAAAUAUCAACAAGAAGUGUUGAUUUGCUGUUGCCUUUGAGUUGAGAUUGCGGAUGUUGGAGAGGAGCCUUUCUUAGCUUCAUAUUAUGCUACAGAUGAAAACUAGGAAUGUUUACAUAUACUGGGAAAAAAUGUCAAUGACUGAAAUUCAGUUAACGUCAACUGAAAGUGUACUUUCGUCACUUACUUUCUUUCAUCGCUUGUAAUUUUUAGAUGUAUCUAUCUUAGAUGUUGACCAAAUGGCUCUGUGGCUUCUCCCAACUGAAGUUGUAAAUUUGAUACAGGAUGUAUUCAUGCAUCUUAUUUGUGCCCGAUGAAGCCAUAGGUAUAAAUGUUCAAUUUAGACUGAAAAUCCUAUGCGUCUCUCUGGAUUUUCAGCCCUCUGAGUGUGACAGUGACUGAAUUUACAUGGUUUGAGAUUCUGCGCUGCCUUUCUGUACCGCAUUGUUUGUGAGGAACACCUGCCGUCUCCUCUGUUUUGUAUGCAUUGUUACAGAAUAAAUUGUUUUACACUUUAA